GUGUCCUGGAGUUCAUGGUUGUGGCCAAGGCGUGCUGCUCCAGCCCCCCUCACUGCCAGUGACGCCCCCACCGCUGGCCCAGCCCCCUGCUCAGCCCGUGCCCAUCCGCAAGGGAUGCACCGCUGCUUGGGGGGUUCUCCCGUCCGUCCUUAGCGGAGCCUGUCGCUGCCCCCGUGCCGUCAGCCUGGGACCGUGGCUUCCCUCCAGUGAUGGAUUGUUCCCAGAUGUGAAGGUUGCUCCGGACACUGCUGAAGCCAGAGCGAUCACCGGUGGCUUGAGGACCAUUGUCCACUCCAGUGACCACUCUUCCAGAGAGAACCUGGCCUCCUGCCCUCCUGUCCAGGGCACAAGGCUGCCAGGCCUUCCCGCCUCAGCUGGUCUGUGGGUGAUUUAUGCUGUGUGUGGCCACGCAGCUGGCUUAGGUGUUAAGGAGUACAUCCCAGGUCGUGCCCCUGCCCACACUCCUGGGCCUCCGUGAGCCACCCCCAGCCCCACCAUGACAGCAGAGACACUCAACUUCGGGCCCGAGUGGCUGAGGGCUCUGUCCAGUGGUGGCAGUGUGGCUUCCCCGCCUGCCUCCCCCGCCAUGCCCAAGUACAAGCUGGCUGACUACCGCUACGGGCGCGAGGAAAUGCUAGCCCUCUACGUCAAGGAGAACAAGGUCCCUGAGGAGCUGCAAGACAAGGAGUUCGCUGCCGUGCUACAGGAAGAGCCGCUGCAGCCCCUGGCCCUGGAGCCUCUGACUGAGGAGGAGCAGAGAAACUUCUCCCUGUCAGUGAACAGCGUGGCUGUGCUGAGGCUGAUGGGGAAAGGGGCCAGCCCAGCGCCAACCAGCACCUCCCGCGGCAGGGGCAGCACGCGCAGCCGAGGCCGGGGCCGAGGUGACGGCUGCUUUUACCAAAGAAGCAUCGAAGAAGGGGAUGGGGCCUUCGGGCGAAACCCCCGGGAGAUCCAGCGCAGCCAGAGCUGGGAUGACAGAGGCGAGAGGCGGUUUGAGAAGUCAGCCAGGAGGGAUGGAGCGCGGUCCGGGUUCGAGGAGGGCAGCACUGGCCCGCGGAAGGAGCACGCUCGCUCGGACAGCGAGAACUGGCGCUCGCUGCGCGAGGAGCAGGAGGAGGAGGAAGAGGGCAGCUGGAGGCUCGGGGCGGGACCCCGGCGAGAAAGCGACCGCUGGCGCUCCAGCAGUCCCGAUGGUGGCCCGCGCUCUGCUGGCUGGCGGGAACAUGGCGAGCGGAGGCGCAAGUUUGAGUUUGAACUGCGAGGCGGGGACCGAGGGGGCUGUGGUGAAGAGGAGGGGCGGACUGGCGGAGGUGGCAUCCAUCUGCGACGGGGCCGUGGGCCUGAGGGCUUUGAGGAGGACAAGGACGGGCUCCCAGAGUGGUGCCUGGAUGAUGAAGAGGAGGAAAUGGGCACCUUCGACGCUUCUGGAGCUUUCCUGCCCCUCAAGAAGGGCCCCAAGGAGCCCAUCCCUGAGGAGCAGGAGCUGGCCUUCCAGGGGCUGGAGGAGGGUGAGGAGGAACCCUCAGAGGGGCCGGAAGACCCAGAGCCUGAGGCAGGCGGGAAGGAGGUAACCCCACGUCCUUUGCCUGAGAAGGCCAGCUCCCCGUCCGCCUUGACCCCCUUGGGCCCACUCUGGGGAACAGAUGGAGAUGGGGAAGGUGCUGUGGAGAAAGAGCCUGUGGCGGCUGAAGAUGACAUGAGGGGUAUCCAGCUAAGUCCUGGGGGGACCUCACCCCCGGACCUGCCAGGAGAUCUGGAGGAUGAAGAAGGCUUGAAGCACCUGCAGCAGGAAGCAGAGAAGCUGGUGGCCUCUCUGCAGGACAGCUCCUUGGAAGAGGAGCAGUUCACAGCGGCCAUGCAAGCCCAGGGUCUGCGCCACUCCGCUGCUGCCACCGCCCUCCCCCUCAGUCAUGGUGCCGCCCGCAAGUGGUUCUAUAAGGACCCGCAGGGGGAGAUCCAAGGCCCCUUCACGACCCAAGAGAUGGCGGAGUGGUUCCAGGCCGGGUAUUUCUCCAUGUCUCUGCUGGUGAAGCGGGGCUGCGACGAGGGCUUCCAGCCACUGGGGGAAGUAAUCAAGAUGUGGGGGCGUGUGCCCUUUGCCCCUGGGCCCUCGCCACCCCCUCUCCUGGGCAACAUGGACCAGGAGCGCCUGAAGAAGCAGCAGGAGCUGGCGGCAGCCGCCUUGUACCAGCAGCUGCAGCACCAGCAGUUUCUGCAGCUGGUGGGCAGCCGCCAGCUCCCACAGUGUGCGCUCCGGGAAAAGGCAGCUAUGGGCGACCUGACGCCACCGCCACAGCAGCAGCUUACCACGUUUCUGCAGCAACUCCAGGCUCUCAAACCUGCCAGAGGUGGGGACCAGAACCUGCUCCCGACCAUGAGCCGGUCCUUGUCGGUGCCAGAUUCAGGCUCCCUCUGGGACGUACAUACCUCAGCCUCAUCACAGUCAGGUGGUGAGGCCAGUCUUUGGGACGUACCAAUUAACUCUUCGACUCAGGGUCCAAUUCUAGAACAACUCCAGCUGCAGCACAAAUUCCAGGAGCGCAGAGAAGUGGAGCUCAGGGCCAAGCGGGAGGAAGAGGAGCGGAAGCGGCGUGAGGAGAAGCGCCGCCAGCAGCAGCAGCAGGAGGAGCAGAAGCGGCGACAAGAAGAGGAGGAGCUAUACCGGCGCAAGCACGUGCGGCAACAGGAACUGCUGUUGAAGCUGCUGCAGCAGCAGCAGGCAGUGGCCGCCGUGGCUGCAGCCCCUGCGCCCGGCUCCCCACCCCCACUCUGGGCUGGCCUGGCCAAGCAGGGGCUGUCCAUGAAGACACUGCUGGAGCUACAGUUGGAGGGUGAACGGCAGCUGCACAAGCCACCCCCAGCCCGGGAGCCAGCGCGGGCCACGGCCCCCAACCACCGUGCGCAGCUUGGGGGCCUGGGCUCUGCCCCCCUGAACCAGUGGGUGUCUGAGGCUGGGCCACUGUGGGGCGGGCCCGACAAGAGCGGGGGCAGCGGCAGCAGCAGUGGCCUAGGGCUCUGGGAGGAUGGCCUCAAAAGCAGCAGCAGCCUGGCCCGCAACCUGGGCCUCAAGAACAGUCGGAGCAGCCCAUCCCUCAGUGACUCGUACAGUCACCUGUCUGGCCGGCCUGUUCGCAAAAAGACAGAAGAGGAGGAGAAGCUGCUGAAGCUGCUGCAGGGCAUCCCCCGGCCGCAGGACGGCUUCACCCAGUGGUGCGAGCAGAUGCUGCACACGCUGAGCACCACGGGCAGCCUGGAUGUGCCCAUGGCCGUGGCGAUCCUCAAGGAGGUGGAAUCCCCCUACGAUGUGCAUGAUUAUAUCCGUUCUUGCCUGGGGGACACGCUGGAAGCCAAAGAAUUUGCCAAACAAUUCCUGGAGCGGAGGGCCAAGCAGAAGGUCAGCCAGCAGCGGCAACAGCAGCAGCAGGCCUGGCUGAGCAGCACCUCCCUGCACACGGCCUUCCAGGCCAACCACAGCACCAAACUCUGCCCCGGGGAGGGCAGCAAGGCCAAGAGGCGGGCACUGAUGCUGCACUCGGACCCCAGCAUCUUGGGGUAUUCCCUGCACGGCUCUUCCGGUGAGAUUGAGAGUGUGGAUGACUACUGAGCAGCCCGUCCUACCAGUCCCCAGGCUGUCGGCCAAGGGCUGCAGGAGCAGCUUGGACCCCAGGGUCCCCAGCCUGCAGGCUCC